GGUUAUUACGCUAUGUUUUGAUUGAUAAAGUAUCAGACUGCGAGUACUUUUAUGAGCUUCUUACCUUUUACAGACGGAUUAUUUUAAUUUUACACGAUCCCCAGCUACAAACCGCGAUGCAUCUCAUCUGAUGUUGCAUGGAGAGUGCUUUCAAGUCGCCUAGCUCGCGUAUAGUUUUCUCGUGCGAAGUGUGAAAAAAAAUCUUCAAAAUUUCCGCGGAGGCUGCUAUGACAUCUUUGCCACGACCAAGCGAGAAACGCUUGCAAAAGGAACUAUUGUCAUUAAUUAAGGAUCCACCACCAGGUGUACUAGUCGAUAGUGAGAAGGCAUCACAGAAUUUGAGCAUAUGGACAAUUUAUAUGAAAGGGGCUGAUGAAACUCUGUUUGCCGGAGAAGAAUUUCAGCUUCAAUUUAAAUUUAGCCCUAAAUACCCCUUCGAUUCUCCAGAGGUCACUUUUAUAGGGCCGAACAUUCCAGUGCAUCCACAUGUCUACAGCAAUGGGCAUAUUUGCUUAUCAAUACUCACAGAGGACUGGUCACCAGCGCUGUCGGUGCAGUCCGUCUGCCUGUCCAUCAUCUCAAUGCUCAGCAGUUGCAAGGAGAAGAAAAGGCCAUCAGACAAUGCAUUCUAUGUGAAAACUUGCAGCAAAAAUCCUAAGAAGACAAAAUGGUGGUAUCAUGACGACACUGUGUGAAACUGGAAGAAACGAUGCAAAUUCUAGUGGUCUGUGAUUGUAUUCUAGUACGUUAAGGAUAAUGAGUGAAUUUUACUGACUUAUUACGAUGUGUACAUACCUGCAUGCUUGUAAAUAUUAUUAAUUUUCGUAUAAUUUUAUGUGAAAUUGUUAUCUUGUUCCAAAUUUUUUAUUUUCCCUGUAAUCAUCGAUCAAAACCAUAUCCUUCCCUUCAUAAUGUUCUUCACAAUGACUUUUGAAGAUACUGGAUCGGUUUUCUUUUGCCCCUCCCCCUAUCCCUAAGUUUGUCCCCAUCAUGAUUUCUAUAUUCCCCAUUUUGACUUUUCCGAGCCUCUAAAAUUGACUGGGUCUAAGUUCCCUCGGAAGAACCGCUUUUGCUUCUCACUCGUUUUAAUUUUCGUCCAUCACAGCUGUUAAGCGAUUGGAACAGUUUAUUAAUUACGUCCUAUGUUAUUUUCCCCUCAAAAAUAUGUUUCCAGCUGAUUUUGUACUUGUAAUUUGACGUUAAUUGCCAUUGUGUUUUAUUGUUAUUGUGUAAUAUAGUGUUGAGUGAAAUUAACGUUAGUCAAAUUAACGUUUCGAUUUUGCGACUCUGAUGACUUUUGUAUCCCCUCUGUGUGCCCAUGGUUCUUUAAAAAUGUCAAUCCCAAGGUGAAGCUUUUUCGUUCCCAUUUAUCCUGCCUCAGUUUUUCCCCUCUAAUUUUAUCUCUAUUACAUGUUUACUAAUUUUUCCCUAUUGUUCAUGUCUCGCAUGAAGGGAGUAAAAUUUUAUUAAAACUACGCCUUACCAAUUUUUUUAUUGCUGUUGACUUUUUUCCCCGAAAUGGGACUCCCAAUUUUGAUUUUGUUUCCCCAAAAUCGACCAGUUAGCUUGCUUCUCCACCCAACUUUUUGUUGGCAUACAUUCUCCUCUUAUAAAAUCUUUUUUAUUUUGGAGCUACCUCCUUUUCUGUUUUAUUGUCCACUUGUCUAAGGGAAUAAAAUUACCAACAAUAAUAAAAGUUCUAUUAUUCACUGUAAACUCCAAAGGCAUCAAAACCCUCCAUCUGCGUAAGCGAUCCAAUAAAUAUUGACAAAAUUUUGAA